CUUAGAUCGGCUUCCAUCUCCGAAGCUUUCUAAAAGAACAAGACUUUUUCUACGGCUGAAGUGUCCGUCAGCAUGACUCAACAAAUUAACCCUGACUGGAUUCAUAUUCAAACCAAGACGUUCACGAACUGGUUCAACGACCGUUUACGUGGAAAUUUACGGUUGGACGCUACCACAACGGGGAAAAUUACUGACUUGAGUACAGACCUGCAGGAUGGCUUACUGCUCAUUCAAUUGUGCAAUGUCCUUGCAAGACCGAAGAAGAUCACAAGAUACAACAAAAGACCGAUCUUAAAACCGCAGAAAAUGGAAAAUAUCACAACAGCGCUGAAGUUCCUGGUAGACGACGGAACCAAGUUCGUCAAUAUCGGCACGCAAGACAUCUUCUACGGCAAUUUGAAGCUUAUUCUCGGUCUUAUCAGGAGUCUCAUCGACAAGUAUCAGGUGCGCUUAAAAAAUCGCAAACUUUCCCCUAAGAAAGUGAUGUUAGGCUGGGUGAACGCUCUAAUGCCCGAAAUGGGCGUUGCCAACUUCACUACCCACUGGAAUUCUGGGAUCGCUCUGUCAGCUCUUAUUGAACACAUUGAACCAGGCCUCUGUCCAAAUUACGCGUCCCUGAAUCCCAACGAAAGUGAGGAGAACUGCGAGAAAGCUAUGACUUUAGCGGAGAAACAUUUCAAUAUCCCCAAGGUUUUGGAUUCGACUGAUCUUGCGAAUCCAAUGGUUGACGAUGUCAGCGUGAUGACAUACGUUUCCUAUUUCUGCGAGCCAUAUUCUAACCGUUUGCUCGCUUGGGUUCAGAGGAAAAUACCGCAAUACAAAGUCAGUAAUUUCACAACAGAUUGGAACAACGGAAUUGCACUGUCGGCGCUGGUAGACGCCGUACGACCAGGUCUGAUCUCUAACCACGCAGAUUUACCGAAAGCAAAGUCGUUGCAGAACGCCGAACAGGCGAUGAAAAUAGCAGAAGAAAGGCUGGGAGUUCGCUGUCUGUUGACUGCUAGAGAAAUGACAGAUCCUGAAGUUGAUCAGCUGGUCGUUAUGUCUUACAUCACGCAGUUCCAGACAGCUACAUUGCAAGCGAUCGCUAGCCAAUGCCGUGCUACUAACAUUCCAGACACAGUACCUAUCGGUACAACCAUAGACUUCGAUGUCGAUGCAACACAGUCAGGAGAAGGGCUGGUAGACGUUGUAGUCAAGAAACCGAACGGAGAUCCGUGUAAAGUCAACGUUUGCACUUCGUCUGCCAGUGUCUACGACGUGACAUUUACACCAAUCGAAGUAGGACAGUUUGAGGUGACUGUCAGUUUGAACAAUGAACCAAUCACAGGAAUGCCUCGUAAGGUCUCUGUCUAUGACUCCACCAAAUGCGCGUUUCUUAAGCCCUUACCCAAGUCUAUUGCAGUCGAUGAACCUUUCGCAUUCUCGGUAGACACGUCACGUGCUGGUGAGGGUACGCUUGACGUCAACGUGAUGGUAAAAGAGACGGGACUUGCGUUGCCAGUCGACAGAACUCAUAAUGAAGAUGCAGUCACUGUUUUCUCUAUUACACCUUUUGCUGUUGGUCGCUUGGUGUUCGACGUGAAGUUUGCUACCACCAAGAUACCAGGCAGCCCUUUUUCUGUCGCUGUUUGUGACCGCUCCAAAGUAGCAAUAUUGGGUACUUCCCUACUUUCUGGUAAAGCCAAAGCCGGCCAACCUGUAGACUUUACCAUACAGACAAAAGACGCAGGAAACACUCCAAUCGAAGUAGAAGCAAAAGGACCAACCGCUGCAUAUGCAGUCACCGUGUCAAAGAAUCCCGAAGACGCAACGACAUACACAGCGAGUUUCGUACCUUGGCAAAUCGGUAGUCACACAGUGAAAGUUUUGUUUGGCCGUGAAUUAGUAGGAGACAGUCCUUACACAGUCGAUGUCUACGACCUUUCCAAAGUAGCUGUUUACGGUCCAAGAUUUCUGUCAGGCCAAGGUAAGCUGAACGAACCCGUCGAUUUCACUGUUCACACGAAGGAUGCAGGAGCAGUGGAACCAAACAUAGAAGUGAGAGGACCUUCUGCAAUGUGUGAGGUUGAUAUGUCACGGAAAGAAGAUGACUUCACAGUAUUUGCUGUUCGGUUUGUUCCAUGGCAAGUGGGCAGUCACCAAGUUGAUGUCUGUACGUUGGGAGAGUCUGUGAGUGGCAGCCCGUUUGCAUUCAGUGUGACAGACACGCAAUGUCUUGUGACUGGUAUGCCGUCUAAAGCAACAAUUGGAGUACCACUUUCAUUUGAGAUAGACGUCAGUGGAUGUGGAGACGCCAAGGUACGAGCGACCAUUGAGGGAAGCAGCGGUACCGUCUCUGCUAUUGAUCUUACCGAACGCCAAGGGAGCGAAGGAGUGUACGAUGCAACGUUGGUGCCGACAGAAGUGGGUUCAGCCUCCAUCCAAGUGACUCUAAAUAAGGAACCCGUGGAGACCGGACCGUGGACGAUUGAAAUUAUUAACCCCAGUUCAUGUGUCUUUACAGAGAGACCGUUGGAUGAAAUCCAAAAAGGUCUGCCUGCCAGGCUGACAGUUGAUAUCACAAAAGCCGGGCCUGGAUCUCUUGAAGUGCGUGUGAUAUCAGUAUUGUUGCAGACAGAUCAUCUUGUCGAAGUACACGAAGAGGAGAGUGGCAAGGUCACGGCAACGUUUACGCCAACCGAUGUCGGUCAGUUGCGUGUCGAAGCAAAAUGGGAAGGACAAGACAUUCCUUCUAGUCCAUUUUGUGUUUCAGUCUGCGAUGCUACCCAGGUGAGUGCCUACGGUCCCGGACUGGCUACUGGGAAAGGCACAAUAGGAGAGCCUGUACAGUUUAGUAUUCAAACCAAUGAAGCAGGUACAGGCAAACUGAAAGUAACUGCUCGAGGUCCCACUGCGUUGUACGCUGUGACUGUGACCAAACAGGAUGGUCUGCAUACAGCAAAUUUUGUUCCUUGGGAGGCAGGUGAACACAUUAUUGCAGUGACCUUUGCAGGUACCGAAGUUCCAAACAGUCCGUACAAACUGGACAUCAAACAAAAGGCAAUCGACGAUUCUACAAUUGAAGCAUCGGGCACAGCCAUCAAGACUGCAUUUACCGGUGAAGAAGCUGUGUUCUAUAUGCAAGCGCAGGAGGAAGGGCUGAUUGAGCAAGGAGUGUUUGAGUGUGUCGCGCAGGGCGUUAGAUACAAUGCAGACGUUGAGCUGAAAGACCUGGGAGGUGGGGCGUACAGUGGUUCCUACACUCCUCCUGUUGCGGGAGCUUAUCUUCUCAUUGUCAAGUGCAUGAACAAAAAUAUACCUAACAGUCCAUUCAAAGUCACAGUCGUUGACCGACCUGAUCCAUCAAAGUGUAUAGUUGAAGGAGCCAUUCUCACGACUGGUGCAGCGGUGAUUGCAAACAAACCCGUCAACUUCCGCGUUCACACGAAAAAUGCAGGACAUAGUAAACUGAGCGUGACGGUUGUAAGUGAAACUGGUACCUCAGUGAAAGUCUUCAAGGCUGAAGACGGCGGCGAGACGUAUAGUUAUCGAUUCGAACCCGAUCAUCCAGGACGGUACACAGUGAACGUCCGUUGGGGAGAUCAGGAUGUUCCAGGUUCUCCAUUCAAAAUGAAGAUCUGGCCACCACCUGACGCAAGUAAGGUACGAGUUUCGGGGCCAGGGCUGGCUUCUUGCAAUGUUGGCGAUCUCGGAGAGUUUUUUAUCGAUACAAACAACGCAGGACUAGGCACUCUCCUUGUGCGAGUUCAUGGUAUUAAGGACGCGUUCAAAAUACAACUGGAAACGCCGGACAAGAAGAACUUGAGGUCAGUACGAGCCUGGUAUUCGCCGACGCAACCAGGACACUACGUGACUGUUAUAAAAUGGGAAGGCGUCGAAAUUCCAGGCAGUCCGUUUGAAGUCAGGAUUGUGGAUGUCAGUACAUGGGGUACAAGGCAAGAGCCGGAGAUUCUGUCUGUUUUGUCGGAUUCAACAGUCAAUGAAGACAGCCAAAUGGACGUCGUCUUGUCAUCAAGUGACAGACGCAGAGUGACUCCUCAGCAUUUCCGGCCUCCCAGGGAAGCUCGAGCACCUCAGGCCAGACCAAGAGAAGAACGAUCAGGAAGAACGGGAAGAUUUAGUAUUGACGUGACGGCAAUGCAAAACAGCGGAGCCAAGAUGAAGAUGACGAGGAAAACAAGUGAACCAGGGGUACGAAUGGUUAGCGGGGAUUCCUUCAACGGAGAACACCCAACGCCCUACGUAACGUCUAGAGCAUUAACACUAGAUGAUAUCGAACCGGCUACUUCAAUGGGUAGCAAUCAAGUAAAAAAGACGAAGCCACGCAAGAAGGAAAAGAAAAUGAAAGAUAAGACGAGACGCAACGCUUCAGAGCCAUUGGACGUCAGUGAGUUGAGAGGAUACGGCAUGCAGCCACCUCAGUGGACUGUAGCUAGGCCAGGAGCUGAGUUCCAAGGAGCUCCAUUCAGCCGGCAGCUGUACACACCAGGGUUAGUAAGUCCCACAGGAUAUCAAAUGGAAAAUGACGGCAACAAAAAGAAGAAGGGAAGAAAGAAGACCAAAGUAUGACUGAUUCAACAUGGAUAUGUGAUUGGUGUGAAACUUACUACUUAGACGACAGGUGACACUGCAAUAGUAUAGUCACUUGAUAUUCAAUAAUUAUCACUAUGACGACGUUUCACAAGUAUCCUAGCAGUGA